UCAAUUUCUGGGGAAGGAGUCAUGAGGCUGGCUGUGGGGAGGAGCCCCAGGCAGAGAGAAGCAGAAGCGGAAAAGCAAAGCAAAGCAGAACCCGGGUCUGGCCAGAAAGGAAAGGAAAGAAAGAGAAAGAAAGAGAAAGUCAAGAAGGAAGCCAAGGACCAUGGAGGUCCCCUCUGUCAACCUCAAGGCCAUCAUUUUGGUGCAUUGGCUGCUGACGACAUGGGGCUGCCUGAAGCCCUGGCUGCCGCCUUCCUACACCUGGAGCAACUACUCCGUCCUGGCGCUGGGUGUCUGGGCCGUGGCCCAGCGGGACUCCCUGGACGCCAUCCUCAUGUUCCUGUGGGGCCUCCUGCUGACCAUCCUGACCGACAUCGUCCACUUCGGCGUCUACUACCCCCGGGACCACGACUCCCUGGAGGACCUCAUGCGCUUCUCCAACGGGAUGGCCAUCUUCAGCCUCCUCCUCAAGCCCCUCUCCUGCUUCCUCGCACACCAGAUGUACCGCCAGCGCGGCGGGGAGGACACCUUCCGCUUCGGGUGGCUGGGGGUGGGCCAGGACCGCAGCGCCUACCAGCCCAUCGAUGCCUCGGACGUUCGUCCGGCGACGUUCCCCGAAGUGUCGCCGUUGUCGUCCGGCAAAGCACCGCCAUCCCGGCCCUACUGACCGCCUCCGGGGAGACCCCCGACCGGAUCGAGUGGACGGCCGGACCCUCUUUCCCGCCUCGGGACCCUUGACUUGCUGCUCCUUCCGCUUGUUUCUGAGCCAAAGACGUUCCCGGUUACCACGUUCCCUCCUCCUGUAUUUUUCUACCACCGUCAAUAAACACCCAGUGCCUUC